AUGGCCUCGGCCCUGAGCCCACCCCGGGUCCCAAAGCCCAAGUGUGCCCUGCCUUCACACUACCAUGAGAGCUAUCUGGAGAAGAAGGGACCCCGAGACCAGAAUUACAAGAAGUUCUGGGCUGGCCUCCAGGGCCUCACUCUCUAUUUCUACAAUAGCAAUCGGGACUCCCAGCAUGUGGAGAAGCUGGACCUUGGAGCAUUUGUGAAAUUCACAGAUGAGGGUCCUCGAGGGAGUUCCAGUGACCCUGGUAUCUAUUUCAACCUGGUCCUCCGGAACCAGGAGAUCAAGUUCAAGGUGGACAGCCUGGAGUCCCGGGAAAUGUGGAAAGGCUUCAUCUUGACGGUAGUGGAGCUCCGUGUCCCAUACAAUUUGACCCUGCUGCCUGGACACCUGUACAUGAUGGCCGAGGUCCUAGCCAAAGAGGAGGUGCGCCGCACGCUCGAGAUGCCCUCGUGCUUCUUGAAGGUGAGCCGGCUAGAGGCCCAACUGCUCCUGGAGCGCUACCCAGAAUGCGGAAACUUGUUGCUGCGGCCCAGCGGGGACGGCGCGAACGGAGUAUCGGUCACAACUCGCCAGACGCUCAACGGGACACCGGUGGUCCGUCACUACAAAGUGAAGCGCGAGGGCCCUAAGUACGUGAUCGACGUGGAGGAGCCGUUCUCCUGCGCCUCACUCCAAGCAGUGGUCGACUAUUUCGUGUUGCAAACCAAUAAGACGCUGGUGCCUUUCCUACUGGAUGAGGACUACGAGAAGGUGCUAGGCUACGUGGAUGCGGAUAAAGAGAACGGCGAGAGUGUGUGGGUGGCACCCUCAGUACCAGCGGUCCCCUGUCCAGAUCCUGCAUCCCGGGCCUGUGGCCCCAAGCCGUCGCCUCCUGCACCCAUCAUGCCUGUGCCCAGCCAGGACAAGCUGCCCCCGCUACCGAACCCGGAUGAGAACUAUGUGAUCCCAAUUGAUGAUGCCCCAGCUGCGGACUACGUGAAUGGUGAUGUAGUUUCUCCUGGUUGGCCAGGGGUCCCAAAGCCCAAGAAGUGUCUCCCAGCCCCAAAGGUUCAGGCAAAGCCUUCAAAGCCACCCAUUACACCUAAGCCAGAGCCCAAAGGCCUUAUCAGCGGCCUGGCCAAGAAGCUGGCUAUCAGCUCAGGACAGGCUCUCUUCCCCAGAACAGGCCUUCACACGGAAGUUCAUGUACUUCAUGUCAAACUUGAGACCUAGGAGACAACAGAGGGAUUGCAGCAUCGUACAGACUUUGAGCAAUAGGUUAGUAGCCCCUGUGUCCCACAGUCCACCCGCCACCCUCAUUCUGGUGGGGGCCACAUGAGAGACAACUGCACAUUGAUGCUGCGCUCCCUCUGCCUCCCUUCCCCUGUCUAAAAAUAAAAUAAAAUCUUUAAAAAUAAUAACAAUAGAUAAUAAAAAGCAGCUAUUAAGCUGUCUUCCCCCUGAAGUUGAACCUCUUUGGAGAGCUCAGGAACACCCCCUCUCUCUGCUCCUUCACUCUGUCUCCCGCCGCUGGCCUCAUGAGUGUCCAUCUUGCAGGACCUCCGAGCCGGCCACUCUUUCCCACCCCGAACUCUCUUUCCUUGGCAGCCAUGGCACUGCCCUUUCCUAGCUGCCCCUUCUGGCUGCUCCUCCUUGAUCUUCUUUGCAGGCUGGACCCUUGAUCAUAUUGCUAUGUUCACUAACUCUUUCUUGCCCCUCAGGCACCAUCUGUCCACCCAUAGCCCAACUUCUAGCACCAGGCACGGGUCCAGUUGCCCCCCGAGUGUCCCCCACAGGACGCCCCCUCUCUGGGCAUCCCGAACAGCCCUGAGUACACCCUUCACUCGCUAGUCUCUCCCACAGUCCCCUUGCCUUUGGGGCAAAGACCCCCUUCCUCCUCACUGCAGGUAUUGUUCUCUCUGCAAACCUAACUAGUUCCAGACACAAAAGCUCAGCGCCCUGGCCUCUGAGCCCCCAUCAGGCUGCUCCUCUGCCCUAAAGGCCGUUCUCCGACCCCCUCCCCCUUCUUUGAGCCUCAGCUUGGCUGCCACCUCUUUGGAUUCCCUUCUCUGAAUUCGUGGCUUGCUCAGCAGCGCCAUCUACUGCCCCAGAGCUGAGACUACCACCCAGAAGGCUUGGUUUGAAAUAAUGGAAUGCUGGCUAGACUCACUCACUGCAUGCCUCAGUUUCCUGUUCUGCAAACCAGCCAUUGUAUUCCCCAUGCUGAGCAGAGCUCCCAGGAGGAUGAAAUGAGUCUUCCCAAUCAAUCGAGAGAGUAGGGAAACAACCACAUAAGUUAUUUCCAUAGGUGAGCACACUCCUACACAGUGGUACCUCGGUGUUUGUCACUAAUUCAUUCCAGAACUGGUGACAAGUGCCUAAGGCGACGAGUAACGAAACCAACUCGUACAAGUUCUAGCAAGUGUCACGAGUCCUGAGCAAGUGCCAAGUGCAGAAACAUAUUUUUUCUCACCAAAAUACAACAAGUACAGGGUUUGACGAGUUCUGAAGCCAACGAGUAGCGAGGUGUGACUGUGUAUCCUUAACGCCGCACACCUUUUAACAGAUCAGCUUCCCACCCUGAGAACUGACUCCCUAGGAAUACUGUAAAAGGCAAGAGGGUGUGGCUGCAAAAAGGGGGCACCAGAAAGCCUGUGACAGAGAUCUACACUUUGAUUGUGGUAGUAGUGACAGGAAUUCACAUGUGGAAUAAAAUUGCAGGUGGGGUAACACACACACACGUGCACACAUGCAAAUGAGGUGAGGUUUUACCAUGUGAAACUGGUAAAGUAUGUAUCAACACUGCAGAAUGUAGCCAUGUCAGUUUCCUGGCAUGAACUACAGCUGUGUAAGCAACCACUACUAGAGAAACUGGGACAUAUACAGACAAUGGACUAUUACUCAGCCUUACAGAAGGAAGGAAAUUCUGACACCUGCUAUGACAUGAAUGAACCUGGGAGACAUGUUCAAUGAAGUAAGCCAUUCACAAAAGGAUAAUCAUGGUCUGACUGCACUCACGAGAGGUACUUAUAGUA